AGUAAACUGUAAACAUGACAUCAGUCUGAAGUCUCGUGGUUCUUCUGAAACAGCAGCGGCGGUAUGGUCUUACAGUAAAAGAAGAGGAUUAAAUAAGAUUGAAACAUUGAGAACGCAACAUUGCGUACGUGACAAUGGCAAAGAUCACAGAAUUUGACGUGGACGACCCUCGCUAUCGAAUCACCCCUUCCCAGCAAAUGCUGUGUUCUUGUCUUGGUGCCCUUACAACAUCAACACUUGUCACGCCGCUGGAUGUCGUCAAAAUCCGUCUCCAGGCUCAGCAGAAACCAAUGCUACCAAAUCGCUGUUUCAUUUAUUGUAAUGGCUUGAUGGAUCACUGUAUAAUAUGUGUGAAUGGUCAAGGCAAACAACUAAAUGCUUCAAUUGCAAAAGAACAGUGGUACAGGAGGCCAGGGCAAUUUACAGGAACAUUGGAUGCAUUUGUAAAGAUAGUUAAAGUUGAAGGAAUUUCAUCUUUGUGGAGUGGUCUCUCACCAACCCUUGUUCUUGCAUUACCUGCCACUAUGGUGUAUUUUACCAUGUAUGAGCAGUUGAGAUGUUUUAUUAAAGAUAGGCAGGAUGUGGAAGGAAGCUUCUUCCAUCAGCAACCUGUAUGGCUGACAUCAUUGGUUGCCGGUGGAGUUGGAAGAACAUUGGCAGUCACUAUGGUCAGUCCAUUGGAGUUGAUUCGAACCAAAAUGCAGUCCCAAAAGCUCAGCUAUCAAGAGGUGGGUGUUGCGGUUCGUGAAUUGGUUAAAAAUCGAGGUUUCUUCGGCUUAUGGCAGGGGCUAUCCCCAUCAUUAUUAAGAGAUGUGCCAUUUUCCGCUAUCUAUUGGUCGUUUUACGAGACGUAUAAAAAAUUCCUGCCCUCGCCUGAUAUAACAAUUUCGCAGAGCUUCGUCGGAGGAGCGUUGGCUGGAAUGCUCGCUGCCGUUGUCACGCUCCCUUUCGACGUGGUAAAAACUUUGAGGCAACUCGAGUUCGGAGAAAGUAUACGCUCAGAUGAGCCACCGAGAAAGGUCAGCACAACUAAAGAAAUCAUUCAAAGGAUCUACCAGCAACGAGGAGUUGGGGGACUUUUUGCGGGACUAGUACCGCGAAUAGCCAAAAUAGCACCGGCCUGUGCAGUCAUGAUUUCAUCGUACGAGUAUGGGAAACAUUAUUUCAGUCGUUACAACAAAAAGAUGCUCGAAAAUACGUGAAACGACUUGCACGUCCGACAGAGAAUCUAGUUUGUUGACAUUUUUUUUAGUGAUGACUUGAGAUAAAAUAAAAUGGAAUGUUUUAAUAAA